AUGAGUCGGUCGGUGCGGCGUCUGCCCCCAGCGGUAGACGCCGCUCUGGCAAGGGCAAGGGGGGCAAGGGAGCGGGUGGAGCUAGAGGAGGCAGUGGCGGAGGAGGUGGGGGUGGCGGGGGGAGUGGGGGUGGCGGUGGAGGUGGUGGCGGGAGUGGAGGUACUGGUGGAGGCGGUGGAGGCGGAGGUGGCGGCGGAGGCGGUAGCGGAGGAGGCGGGGGCGAGGGUACCGGUGGGGGCGGUGGCGGUGGAGACGGGGGCGGUGGUGGAGGCGGGAGUGGCGGUGGCGGCGGGGGUCGGAGUGUGUCCCAGGGAGCGGGUGGAGCUAGAGGAGGCAGUGGCGGAGGAGGUGGGGGUGGCGGGGGGAGUGGGGGUGGCGGUGGAGGUGGUGGCGGGAGUGGAGGUACUGGUGGAGGCGGUGGAGGCGGAGGUGGCGGCGGAGGCGGUAGCGGAGGAGGCGGGGGCGAGGGUACCGGUGGGGGCGGUGGCGGUGGAGACGGGGGCGGUGGUGGAGGCGGGAGUGGCGGUGGCGGCGGGGGUCGGAUGA